AGGGACAAAAGGAAGAAAGCAGGACUUGGAGAUCUGAAGGGUCUUGCUCAGCACAGCUGCUGCAGAGGAAAAUGAGCGUGAGUUACCUGCUUUCGGUGUUUGUGAAGGAGCUGCCUGGCUGCAUUCUCUUCGCUGGGAUCUUUAUGCCCAUGGUUUUACUGCUGCUGCUAAUUGCCUACUUCAGGAUCAAACUGUUAGAAGUUAAUGAGGAACUGGCCAUGGCACAAGAUCCUGGAAAGGUCCUCCUGAAUUAUUAUGGGCAGCAGCAGAAACCCAGGAGAUCUAGACAAAAAGAAAACUCAAGGACAUUUAAGUAGGUCUCACGUCUCAGGAAGCAAGCUUAAACCCAGUACUCAGCUCUUCAGGUUUAAAAAUAACCAGCUGUAGAUUAAUACCACAGAGGAAAACAAAACGGAAAGAAGAAAUUAGUGCUGUGCCAUACAACAGAAACAGCUGCUGCCAUUCAAAAAGGUCACACAACAGUUUUGCUUUCUCACAUGAGGCCAAGUAAGCAGUAUUUACACAACUCGUCGGACACUGGAGACCUCCUGCAACGCACUCUAUCAGUUCCCUUACAUGACACAGGGUUUGCAGGGAGGGAAAACACUUUGCUCACUAGCCCUUCCCUAGCCUACUGAGAAGAAAGCUAUAUAACAAGCUCCUGAGAGAGCUGAGCUGGCAUAUACAAGGAAGGCAGUCUUUUUAAAUUGAAGAUGCAUAAAUAGCAAGUUCAUAUCAUGCACUGACAUCUAGGAAACGGAGAAGGGUGAUGAAGGAGAACUGACUGUUUUUAUUAGCUUGUACACUUUGGGAAAGCUUGUAGGUUUUCUAAAGUAUGAUUUCCAUAGAACCUGGAGCAAAAUAUAACAGUGAUGGGAAACAAAAGGACUUUUCUCUGCUGACUGACCAUGUCAAAUUUUGAAAUUAUGAAAAGAUUCAGUGUUCCGUAAACCAGUUAUUAUUCUGAUUUGACAAAUGGAUGAUCUUUCAAAUAAAAAAACCCCAUAACUGUG